GGAGCAUGGAUCCGGACCUGGCGCUCCACCUGGAGAUCGCCGCGGUGGUCGUGAUGGCGGUGCUCAUCGUCGCCGUAGCCGUCAGGGCCUCCGGCGGAGCCUGCGACGACGCGGCCGGCGCCACGGGGAGCGCCGCGGUGCACGACGCCGACGUCGAGGCCGCCCUCGGCGACGACACGCUCAUGUCGUACGAGCAGGCGGCCGCCAGGAAGAAGAAGGCGAAGGAGGAGGAGGAGGAGGAGCAGGAGCGGUGCGCCAUCUGCCUGUCGGAGUACGGCGAGGGCGAGGCCGGCGAGCUGGUGCGGGUGGUGCCGGCCUGUGGGCACUUCUACCACGCGAGCUGCGAAAUCGACGGGUGGCUCCGGAAGCGCCGGACGUGCCCGCUCUGCCGCGGAGGGCUCGGCCGGCCGCCGCCGCUGCCGGGGCUGCCGCGGCCGGAGUGCCCGCCGAUGCCGCCGCGGAUGCCGUCCUCAGCUUAGCGUGUCUCAUUUUCCGACGGAUGCUUGUUAGGAUUUGUGUUCUCGCGGAGUGCAGAGGAUGCUGCAGCAUUGCGCGCUUCUUCCACGCCGCGUGCGACGCCGACCGGUGGAUCCGGACGCGCCGGACCUGCCCGCUCUAGCCGCCCGCGCCGUCGUCGUGGCCGUCGUCGUAGUAACAUAGUCGAUCAUUUGUACCCGAUCAGCUUCAGCUGCUUCGAGCUUCGUAGUAGUAGAGAAAGAUGCAUUGUACACCUCCAAUUGG